GUGAGCGAGACCGAGAACAUCCGGAAGAACCUGGCCAUCGAGAGGAUGAUCGUGGAGGGGUGCGAGAUUCUCCUGGAUGUCAACCAGGUCUUCGUCCGGCAAGGUGGGUCAGUCGUCGUCGGUUGUGUUGUCAAUCGUGUUGUCAAUUACAUUGUCAAUCGGUGCCUGAUCCAGCUGCCAAGCACGGAGAAGUGGAAGUUCCACCGACGGAUGAUGGCGAGCCUGAGGAGCGAGAAGGACGCCAUCCGCCAGUGCUUCCUCUUCACCAAUCACCUCAUCAUUGCGACGAGGCGAGUCUUCCUCUCUCUUUUUUUUUAUUCUUAA